CUCUCUCUGAAGUGGUCCGCUCCACACCCUUCAUAGCAGACAGCAUGGUGUGGAGAAUACUAAUGACAAAGACUAUACCUAGAUCCUGCCCUGUGCUUUCUUCUCUAACGGACUGUGUGUGUGUUUUGUGUGCGUGUGUGUGUGUGUGCGUGUGUGUGUGUGUGUGUACCUCCAUGUCCCCUCAGCAGGAGAUCCUGUACCAGUACCCAGUGUCUGAGGCAUCCAGCCAGCUGAAGGGAGUCAGAGGGAUCUUCCUUACUCUGUCUGACAUGCUGGAGAAUGUCACUGGGGGACAGAUAGUCAGGUAAUGUAGAAAAUUCCCCACCCACUCUUGACUGAUUUCCACCUAUCACCAAUUAGACCCACUUCAAGCGGCUCUGAGAUCUACCGAAGUCCUAAAUAUAGAAAUUCCAUUAGUUCAUACCAUGAUUGUAUUUCUCCUCUGUCUUUCCCCCUGCACCUGUUCCUCCUCCCACUCCCUCUUUUUUUGUCUGCAUUCUACCCCUCUACCUUCUUUUUCCCCUCCUCCCCUCCCCCUCUCCUCAGCUCCUCUCUUCUGCUCAGUAAACAGCUGGUCCAUGUGGGCUACUGGAAGGAGAGCAACAACCUGCUAGUGAUCGGCCUGCCUGCUGAAAGGUACCAACACAUCAAAGUCAUCCAAAGUCCUUCACAGCAUCGGAUGCAUGCUUCCAUAUUCAAUACACUGUCUCAGCCAAUCCCAUAUGUUAGCUAAAUGUUAUAUCCCUUCCAGAAUAUUUGAUUAAUAAAAUGGUCGGUCAGUAGCUGAAGUUCUGAGUGUUUUUUGGCCUCCUCGUGGAUGUGACUGUUUCAUCUCUCUUAUUCUUCUCCAGGGUUCCUCUGUUGUAUCUGCAGACGGUAGUAGGAGGUGUAGUGAGGACUCUCAACGUGAUGUACGGCUGUCUGGACAGGUCUGUUGUGCUGACAGCUCAGGGAAGCAUCCUGAAUUUGACCAACAGUAGUGCACUAAUAGGGAAUAGGGUGCCAUUUCGAACGCAGGUUUGAUUUCCUGGUUCAAGCGGUCCAAGUCUUUCUGGCUUCCCAUUUGAAGCAAGAUAAUUUAUACUGUUACAUUACAUCAAACCUAAACAGGUUGUUGCCUUCUUUUAACCAACCACUUCUUUCUCUCCCUCCUUCUGUCUCCGCCUCCCUCCAUCCCUCCCUCCCUCCUUCCUCCCUCCCUCUCUCUCCUCCACCCCUUCAUCUCAUCUCUCCCUCUACCACACCGUCCCUUCCUCCAUCCUUCCCUUUCUCCUCCUCCUGUCUCCAUCCCUCCCUCUAUCGCCAUCGCUCCUUCCUCUCCUCCACAGUGCGUUCUGCGAGGCGGACCACGCCCCCAGACUGGACCAUUUCUUCUGCCUGUUCUUCCAGAAGCUCAUCCAGCCUUCCAGGUUGAGUGACAGCUUCGGGGCCACGCCCCCUGACGUAUCGGGGACUCUCUUCCUGGACGGACUGCCAGCGGUCCAGUGGCUCACUCUGCCCCCUGAGAUAAAGGUCUGGAUGGGCCACCACUUUGGGCCAUAGUUGUGAUGAAACUUUUAAGAGCUCUUCUUUAUUGACGUCUUCACCAUUUGAUGUUUGUGCCUCGCUUGUUAAGUCUUCUGAAAUGUUUUAGGUCGUAGGAUGUUUUAGGCUGUCAAGUCAGUGAUACGUUUAGGAAUUUGCUCUUGCAAUAAUAUAUUUAAUGGGCUGUUUUUCCACCUUGUUGGAUUUAUGUAUUGUCUUUGCUGCCCUCUGCUGUCUGGCGGUAAAAACGACGUGCUCCUUGCCAGCAAUUCAGGCAAUUUUCCAUGUCUAGCUUCAGAGCAUGUCUGACUACAGCCUUUGUGAAUGCAGAAAUAAGUCUGUCUCUGAUAUAGAAUUAGAAUAUUGUGUCUGAAUUCUACUUCUAUGGUCUCUGAUUAUCUAUCCACAGAUGGAGGUGGAUACCAUUCUCUCAGACUUUGAAUCAUCAGAUUUUGGAGAAAUGGUAAGUCAAAUAAUUACAUAGGGCUUUAGUCAAAGCAGUGCACUGUGUAGGGAAUAGGGUGCCAUUUUGGAAGCAGACAAGGUGUCAUACUGAUUCCCUUUCCCAUUAAACUAAGCCACAAGCUGUCUCCUCCCCUGUGUAGGGUCUAGUAGUGAGAGGAGAAGGUGAGUAUUUCUGGACUGGCCUGUAUAUUUCAUGUAAUGGAGGAUUAGAUCUUCUUUAUACCUGUAUCCUCUAGCUGAUUCAAUUAAGCAGGGCUGAGAGAGAGGGAGGGAGGGUGGCGGAGAGAGCGUGGGGGAGAAGGAGGAGGGGGAUAGAAGGAUAGAGUGGCAGGAAUAAGAUUCACUACACAAUCAUUCAUGUCUGACCUAAAACUGAUAAUGAAGUUUCUCUCUCUUCUCCCUCUCACUACCUCUCUCUUCUCUCUUUCUCUCUCUUUCCUCUCUCUCUCUCUCAAUCUCUCUCCUCUCCCUCCUCUCUCUCCCUCUCUCCUCUCUUUCUCUCUCUCUCUCUCUCUAUCUGGCAGUCAGAGGACUUCUAUGGCAUGAGGCGUAUCUACGUGGCACUGGGCUCCUGUCUGUUCUACAAGGUUGAGUGUCGUGUCACACACACACACACACACACACACACACACACACUCACCUGACUACUAUCUGCUGGGCCGCUCUCCUUUCCACACACACACCUGGGCCCAAAGUGAAACUCGAAACCUCACAGAAGGGACAGACAGACACCCUUGGAUGGAUAGGAAGAAAGAGCCAGUUAAAUAUGAUUAUAUACAGUGUAUUUGGAAAGUAUUCAGAGUCCUUGACUUUUUCCACAUUUUGUUACGUUACAGCCUUAUUCUAAAAUUGAUAUAUAUAUAUAUUUUUUUAUCAAUCUACACACAACACCCCAUAAUGACAAAGCAAAAACAGGUUUUUAUAAAUUUUUGCACAUUUAUAAAAAAUUAAAAACUGAAAUACCUUAUCUACAUACGUAUUCAGACCCUUUGCUAUGAGACUCGAAAUUGAGCUCAAGUGCAUCCUGUUUCCAUUGAUCAUCCUUGAAAUGUUUCUUCAAAUUGAUUGGAGUCCACCUGUGGUAAAUUCAAUUGAUUGGACAUGAUUUGGAAAGGCACACACCUGUCUAUAUAAGGUCCCACAGUUGACAGUGCAUGUCAGAUCAAAAACCAAGCCAUGAUGUCGAAGGAAUUGUCUGUUGAGCUCCGAGACAGGAUUGUGUCAAGGAACAGAUCUGGGGAAAGGUAGCAAAAAAAGGUCCCGAAGAACACAGUGGCCUCCAUCAUUCUUAAAUGGAAGAAGUUUGGAACCACCAAGACUCUUCCUAGAGCUGGCCGCCCGGCCAAACUGAGCAAUCGGGGGAGAAGGGCCUUGGUCUGGGAGGUGACCAAGAACCCGAUAGUCACUCUGACAGAGCUCCAGAAUUCCUUUGUGGUGAUGGGAGAACCUUCCAGAAGGACAACCAUCUCUGCAGCACUCCACCAAUCAGGCCUUUAUGGUAGAGUGGCCAGACGGAAGCCACUCCUCAGUAAAAGGCACAUGACAGCCCGUUUGUAGUUUGCCAAAAGGCACCUAAAGGCUCUCAGACCAUGAGAAACAAGAUUCUCUGGUCUGAUGAAACCAAGAUUGAACUCUUUGGCCUGAAUGCCAAGUGUCACGUCUGGAGGAAACCUGGCACCAUCCCUACAGUGAAACGUGGUGGCAGCAUCAUGCUAUGGGGAUGUUUUUCAGCGGCAUGGACCAGGAGACUAGUCAGGAUCGAGGGAAAGAUGAACGGAGCAAAGUACCGAGAGAUCCUUGAUGAAAUCCUGCUCCAGAGCGCUCAGGACCUCAGACUGGGGUGAAGGUUCACCUUCCAACAGGACAAUGACCCUAAGCACACAGCCAAGACAACACAGGAGUGGCUUCGGAACAAGUCUCUGAAUGUCCUUGAGUGGCCCAGCCAGAGCCUGACUUGAACCCAAUCUAACAUCUUCGGAGAGACCUGAAAAUAGCUGUGCAGCGACGCUCCCCAUCCAACCUGACAGAACUUGAGAGGAUCUGCAGAGAAGAAUGGGAGCAACUCCCCAAAUACAGGUGUGCCAAGCUUGAAGUGUCAUACCCAAGAAGACUCAAGGCUGUAAUCGCUGCCAAAGGUGCUUCAACAAAGUACUGAGUAAAGGGUCUGAAUACCUAUGUAAAUUUCAAGUAUAAAUGUUCAACAUUUUCUACAAACCUGUUUUUGCUCUGUCAUUAUGGGGUAUUGUGUGUAGAUUGAUGAGGAGGAAAAAACUAUUUAAUCCAUUUUAGAAUAAGGCUGUAACGUAACAAAUUGUGGAAAAAGUCAAGGGGUCUGAAUACUUUCCGAAUGCACUGUAGAUGGGAUAUCAUCACCCAGGAUAACAUGCUGUACCCCCUUAUUCUCUGGAUGGAAAAUCAUCCGCCUAACAAUUGAUGCUGAAUUAUUAAUGAUUUGUAGAAAUAGGUUGUUCACUUUGUUCAAGUCUCCAUCCUCAUGACCUUUGUAUAGAGAGAGUCUGGCACUCUAAUACGAUGGGGUUGUGUUAGUAAAAAUAGGAAAAUAUUCUAUAUUCAUUGUGUUAUCUGUGUGUGUGUGUGUUCUCUGUCUCUCUACGUGUAUGUCUCUGUGCCUGUGUCCAACCCCAGGGCUAUCUGAUUGCGAACCACCUCCCCAAGGAGGACCUGCUGGAUGUCUGUCUGUACUGCCAGCACUACUGUCUCCUCCCCCUGGCUGCAGAGCAGCGCGUGGGCCAGCUGGUCAUCUGGAGGGAGGUGUUCCCUCGCCACCGCUCACAGAACUACCAGACCCAGAAGGACCAGAACCAGACCAAGAACAACCACUGUACCAUGCCUGGCUACUGCCUGCCCCAGGGACGCUACUUCCUACUCAUAGUGGGACUGGUAAGACCAUAGAUACAUACAUAUAAAAGGACAUAUAGAAUCAUGCAUUCUCUAUGAAGACCCUCUUUUCCUUUAGUUACACUAAUGAGUGUCUCCUUUUGUUUUUGUGUAAUUUCUUGCUGUUUUUCGCUAACGUUCUUUCCUUCUCUCCUCCUCUUUCUCUUUCCCCUCUAGCUGUCUCUCAGACAGACAUCCAACAUUUGACUCUAGUUUUGUGUUCCAGGAUACCAACUACUCACAGACAUCUGUUAUCCCAUACAUUCUCUCUCUCUCCUUCUCUCUUUCUACCUCUCCCUCUCCCCCAGAGGCACUUCAUGCAGUGUGUGCUCCUGGAGGAGGGUGGCUGUGCGGCCUCGGCCAUGGAGGCCCCUGGGCCUGACUGUGUGUACGUGGACCAGGUCAAGGCUACCCUCCUACAGCUGGAGGAGCUGGACGUCGGGAUGGAGGAACGCCUGGCCGCCCCACCUGCCCCUUGCCUCUCUUGUGCUGACUGGUUCCUCCCCUCCUCCGCCCGUGACAAGUUAGUUUCAGUUUGACAAUUUUAAAAACAUUUUUUCUUUUUUUAUUGAGGAUGACACAAAAAGUUCAGUUUCCAUUGUGGUCCUCAGGUUAGACACCCUGGCCGCCUCGUCCCCUGUCCUCAGCAAGCUGGCCGGGGUCGUGAAGCCACCCUCCUCGGCCCAGGGAGGAGGAAAGGUGGUGGGCCGGAGCCUGUUUGGAGGAGGCGCCCGGAGACCUAGCCCCCAGAGGAGUCAGUCAGACAGUGGGAGCGAGGGACAGCCGGACGGGGGUGUAGGAAGGCCAACUGGACUCAGUCCACACUCCACCCCGGACUCGGCCCGGAAGCUGGUCGGGCAGAGAGACUCGCUGGGUUCUGGAGGAUCUGAUGGGAGUCAAGGCAGUGGGAGCAUUUUCAAGGUAGGGUCUUAACCUUCUUUCCCCGAUUGCGUCUCUCAUCCUUAUAUCUAUAAAAGAAAUGGGUUAUGGGUUUUGUCGAAUACCAAUGGAGCUUUUAUUGUUUCCCACCUCCCCUUAGAUUCCCAGGAUGAAGCAUCCUAACCCGUUCUACCUGGGCACCCUGAAGAAGUGUCUGACAGAGAGAGAGGAGGAGAUGUACAACACUAUGAAGUGAGUGAAACAGGCCAGCAGUGUUAGAAGUUAGUUUAUCCUUCCCUGUUGUAAUAAUGUUCUAACUCUCCUCUCUGCUGUGGUCCUAUUCUUUCAUUCCAUCCUAUUCUAUUCCACCCCAUUCUCUUCUAUUCCAUGCCAUCUCAUUCCAUUCCACUCUCUCUGUUCUGUGUUGGCCAGGUUGACGUCUGGGGCAGAGAACACUCUGUUCCACUAUGUGCUGAUGGAGACGGUGCAGGGUAUCUUCAUCGCUCCUACACACAGGGAACUGGCCCAGCUCAGCGGCUCCAUCCACCCUCAGCUCAUUCGCAACUUCCACCACUGCUGUCUCUCCAUACGGGCUGCCUUCCAGCAGAGUCUGCCGCCAAGGGUAAGAUACAGAACGGAAGACACACACACACACACAGUGGUGAUUUUAGCAUGGAAAUCUUGGUGGGGCAAACUCAAAAAAAAAUUGGGAUGCAUGCCAGCAAAGCCACUACGCAACACUAAACAAUACAUUAAUUGCACUAUAACGGUGACAAACGGUGCCCAUAAACUGUUAGGGCCUACAUAAAGCUGUCCCGACAGCGGAGCUUUCCUUUCAGCACCAUGGCUAUCAGCGGAGCCUCAUCUGGCAGUGAAACAGUUCAUUCAGCCUCAUUUACUGCCUUUUUAAAAAACAUAGCUGAUAUGGCUGACUUGCUUAAAUAAAUAUGGUUUCUACGGACUCCUUGUGGAUUUGUGUAACUCAAUAAGAACCACAUUCUCCUUCAAUGAUAACGAAUGCUGACAUGAGUUUUGACCUUUGAACCGUACACAAAUAUUAUUACAUUUAUAAUGUUUAAUCUUAUAUCAUUAACACUUAGAGAGAGAGAGGGAGAGAGAGAGAUAGAGAUUUUGGGGUCAUAGAGCAAAAUCGUGUUCGUGAGAGUCUCCCCUUUCCAUAGUAGGGUCAUAUUAGUUUGUAAUAAUACUUCCGUAGAUGCGGAAGGCCGACAUAGGCGGAUGCGGUGGAUUGAGUUGCAGCCCACCCAAAAAAACCUUACAUCUCUAGCUUAAACUGACAGAUUUUCAUGUGGAUUUUCUAUAAUAAUAAUAAUAUAAAAUGCCAUUUAGCAGACGCUUUUAUCCAAAGCGACUUACAGUCAUGCGUGCAUACAUUUUUGUGUAUGGGUGGUCCCGGGGAUCGAACCCACUACUUUGGCGUUACAAGCGCCGUGCUCUACCAGUUGAGCUACAGAGGACCACAAGACACUUAGAUUGACGCAUGGGUGCGUCAAUAGACUCUUAAGGAUUAAUGAGCGAGCUAAGAUGGACAUAGUUAAUAUAACUAUUUGUUCAGCACUUUUGAAAUGUACAGCGACAGAAUUCAGAACAUGGGCCGUUCUUACAGUAUUCUCCCUGUACACCAAUUCAGAACCGUAGGAUAAAUAAAGGGGGCAUAUAAGCAGACAAUGAAAGCUCUUACAAUAUUUGAUGACAUUUUUCUAAAACAGGCUAUAGGCUACAUGUACACCAUUAAGUCAGAACAGUAGGCUAAGUUAUGAGGGGGAGAUGGACCAAAUUCUUAGGGAGAGACACUAACAGCUACAUUACAUCAUUUAUGGAGCUGUAUACAAGACAUAUUUUUGGACUCACAAUGUUGUGCUGUGCUCACUUGAACGUGGCUUGGCGGGCCUUCUUAUGGGCAAACUUUGUCAACAAAGUCUGGCGUUCUAUGGAUUUAUGAUGCUUUCAAGACAACUGGGAACUCAGAAAAAAACAAGGUUGAAUCAUGACGUCAUUGAUCUUCAGGUCGGAGCUCUAGAAAGAGGCCAGAGUUCCCAACUUGGAAUUCCGAGUUGGAUGACCUGUUGAAAAGAAUAAAUCCCAGUCAGAGCUAGUUUCUUUUCCCGAGUUCGCAGUUGUCUUGAACGCACUGAAGUCUGAGAUUUCUGAGUUUCCAGUUUUGAACUCGGCAGAAGUCAUGCCAGAUUGACAGCAUGGCCAAUGUAUUCAACCUUUUCUGGCCCAUGGUGUUGUGUGUGAAUGUUUAUCCUUUUAAGCUUGGAAAAGAGACCCUUUCAGACAGAUGUUUUAAAUCCUUUAACCCAGACUUGGACCACACACCCUCUCCACUGAAUAGCAGGCAGGGGAAGCCAGAUAGAUUGCUUUGUGACGCUUGCAAUUAGCCAUAGAUUCCUUCCAAACCACUCAUUGCUAAAUUUGUGACUUCUGACUUGUUGUGUGAUGGGUUCGAUCCCUGGGACCAUCCAUACGUAAAAAUGUAUGCACACAUGACUGUAAGUCGCUUUGGAUAAAAGCAUCUGCUAAAUGGCAUAUUAUUAUAUUAUUAUGGCCGAUGAGCACCGAUACGUUUUAUCUAUAAAUUCUCUUCAUAUGACAAGGAUUAAAAAGGAUUUGCCAGUAGAUUGUCUACGUGAUUCAUCAUGAUGACUGCUAGCUUGUUAGCUAAGAUUUUGAAAGUAUGAUGUUGACAUGAUCAGUCCAAUCAAAGCUAUGGUAGAUAUAACAUGAUUUGACGUCAUUUUAUCUGUGGCCAAUGACCUUGAGCCUUCUUUGAUGGCCACUUCUAAUAUGAAUGGCAGCCCGUAGAUUCUGCGUUGACAUAGUGUCCCCAUGAGCGACAGAACACUGAGCCAAUCACGCCGCAAUUAGAGAAGAUUACCAACGCCUACGUUCUUUAUUUUUGCUGGCUGCCCAUCCACCACAGAAAGCACUGAGCUAGGCUGAAACACCUGCAUUUUAGAGCUGCCUUACUCAAGAAAGAGACCAUGUUUGUUUGUUUGGCUUUAUUAACUCAAGGAUUUUUUUAAAUGUUGACAUUGUGUGCAAACUCAUAUGUGACACGAAUUAAUGCCAAAAUAACAUACAAAACAGGCAAAAAAUUUGAAUACAAAAUAUAUAUAUACUGAACAAAAAUAUAAGCGCAACAUGCAACAAUUUCAAUUUUAUGGUAGAGAAAUGAACAUUCAAUUAUCUGGCAACAGCUCUGGUGGACAUUCCUGCAGUCAGCAUGCCAAUUGCACACUCCCUCAAAACUUGAGACAUCUUUGGCAUUGUGUUGUGGGACAAAAUUGCACAUUUUAGUGGCAUUUUAUUGUCCCCAGCACAAAGUGCACCUGUGUAAUGAUCAUGCUGUUUAAUCAGCUUCUUUAUAUGCCACACUUGUCAGGUGUAUAGAUUAUCUUGGCAAACGAGAAAUGUUCACUAACAGGGAUGUAAACAAAUGUGUGCACAAAAUAUGCAAGAAAUACACUUCUUGUGCGUAUGGAAAAAUUCUGGGAUCUUUUAUUUCAGCUCAUGAAACAUGGCACCAACACUUUACAUGUUGCGUUUGUAUUUUUGUUCAGUAUAUAAAUAUAUAUUUUUGCUAAACAGGUGGGGCUCAAAACCCCACCUGCCCUGAAUGAGGGGUCGCCACUGCAAACACACCAUAUCCCUGUAUGUAAGAAUGUCUGUGUUGUAAUAAAAAAGGUAGUGUGUGUUUAUGUUUAAUCUCUUAGACCUCUCUGUGUGAGUAGGGCAGGCCGGGUGCAGACAGACCCCAGGCGACCCAUGGGCUGGGCCCAAUGAAGGAACACGGGGUUCUGUUCCAGUGUAAACCUGAGAACUGGACCGACCAGAGGAAGCCGGCCCCCACCAUGACCUACUGGGUUAUAGGGUACGUGACAGAACAAAAUACUAAAUGGUACCCUGUUCCCUUUGUAGUGCACUAUUUAGAACUCUGGAUAAAACUAGUGUGCUUAUAUGGGGAUUAGGGUACAUCGGAGGACAACGUGUUUCAUGUGAAUCUCAAAUGGCACACUAUUCCCUAUGUAGUGCACUAUUUAGCACUCUGGUCAAUGUACUAUAUGGGGACUAGGGUGCCAUUUGAGACAUAGCCAAGCCAACUACACUACCAGUCAAAAGUUUUAGAACACCUACUCAUUCAAGGGUUUUUCUUUAUUUUUACAUUGUAGAAUAAUAGUGAAGACAUCAAAACUAUGAAAUAACACAUAUGGAAUCAUGUAGUAAGCAAAAAAGUGUUAAACAAAUCAAAAUAUACUUUAAAUUUGAGAUUCUUCAAAUGGCCACCCUUUGCCUUGAUGACAGCUUUGCACACUCUUGGCAUUCUCUCAACCAUCUUCAUGAGGUAGUCACCUGGAACGCAUUUCAAUUAACAGGUGUGCCUUCUUAAAGUUAAUUUGUGGAAUUUCUUUCCUUCUUAAUGCCUUUGAGCCAAUCAGUUGUGUUGUGACAAGGUAGGGGGGGUAUACAGAAGAUAGCCCUAUUUGGUAAAAGACCAAGUCCAUAUUAUAGCAAGAACAGCUCAAAUAAGCAAAGAGAAACAACAGUCCAUCAUUACUUUAAAGACAUGAAGGUCAGUCAAUACGGAACAUUUCAAGAACUUUGAACGUUUCUUCAAGUGCAGUCACAAAAACCAUCAAGCACUAUGAUGAAACUGGCUGUCAUGAGGACCACCACAGGAAUGGAAGACCCAGAGUUACCUUUGCUGCAGAGGAUAAGUUCAUUAGAGUUACCAGCCUCAGAAAUUGCAGGCCAAAUAAAUGCUUCAUAGAGUUCAAGUCACACACAUCUCAACAUCAACUGUUCAGAGGGGACUGUGUGAAUCAGGCCUUCAUGGUCGAAUUGCUGCAAGGAAACCACUACUAAAGGACACCAAUAAUAAGAAGAGACCUGCUUGGGCCAAGAAACACGAGCAAUGGACAUUAGACCGGUGGAAAUGUGUCAUUUGGUCUGGAGUCCAAAUUGUCUUUGUGAGACGGGGUUUGGGUGAACGGAUGAUCUCUGCAUGUGUAGUUCCCACUGUAAAGCAUGGAGGAGGAGGUGUUAUGGUGUGGGAGUGCUUUGCUGGUGACACUGUGAUUUAUUUAGAAUUCAAGGCACACUUAACCAGCAUGGCUACCACAGCAUUCUGCAGCGAAACGCCAUCCCAUCUGGUUUGGGCUUAGUGGGACUAUCAUUUGUUUUUCAACAGGACAAUAACCCAACACAUCUCCAGGAAGGAGCGUGAUGGAGUGUUGCAUCAGAUGACCUGGCCUCCACAAUCCCCCGACCACAAUCCAAUUGAGAUGGUUUGGGAUGAAUCAGACCGCAGAGUGAAGGAAAAGCAGCCAACAAGUGCUCAGCAUAUGUGGGAACUCCUUCAAGACUGUUGGAAAAGCAUUCCAGGUGAAGCUGGUUGAGAGAAUGCCAAGAGUGUGCAAAGAUGUCAAGGCAAAGGGUGGCUACUUUGAAGAAUCUCAAAUAUAAAAUAGAUUUUGAUUUGUUUAACACCUUUUUGGUUACUACUUGAUUCAAUAUGUGUUAUUUCAUAGUUUUGAUGUCUUCACUAUUAUUCUACAAAGUAGAAAAGAGUAAAAAUAAAGAAAAACCCUUGAAUGAGUAGGUUUCCAAACUUUUGACUGGUACUGUUUGUCUGUGCUUACCUUAUGAUUGAGUCUCCUAAGAAUUAUGAUAUUUAUCUUGCCUCUGUAUACAGUGUUAUGAAUUAUAUAUUCUAGGGGGGUUGAAUGUAGGCUAGGGAGAAUGGCUGUACUUGUAGUAAUGACUGAUGGCACUUUGGGAUGUCUCGACUGUUGCUUUUGGACGUGCUCCUGGGUUUCAGAGGUGUGUGUGCACUCAGAAAGCGAGAGGUCUGUCUGGGUGGUCAAGUACAGAAAUGGAAAGUAAACCACUUGGAGUUAACUUUGAGUGAGAGGCUGGGAAUAGCAGACUACCAUGUAACAGCUGGGCUCUGGCUUACUGUGAAAUUCAGACAUAUACUGGGCAUAGAGAUGUCCAUUUAUCAAGGUGUUGCUGCGGUAUUGUCUACUCUCCUGACUUCUAGUACAUUUUGUUUGAUUUAGUCCUUCUUUGUCACUCAGCAAUUAUACAUCCUGCCUAUACUCUAGCUUGAAACACACACUGCCAUUUCCCUCCUCUGUUGUCUGUGUUCCAGCCGGAUGCUUCUAGAACCUGUCCCUCAGGAAUUCUACGUGUGUUUCCAUGACUCCGUGGCAGAGGUUCCCGUGGAGAUGGCCUUCCGCCUGUCUUUCGGCCUGGCCUUGUGACGAGCCAUCUGACAACAGUCUCUUAUGAACUCUGAUAACACUACUACCUAUCGACAGACAACAGCAGAGCACAACCCUGGGUCCUGUUCAUUAGGCACCA